AUGAAGUUUGGAACACCGCUUGAUGAUUAUGUGAAUGCACCUGAUCCCUACUAUAAAUGGAAUUUAAUCCGACAAUACCAAAAUAAAGACUAUAAUGCUUACAUACUAAAUUUAACAUCACAAAAAUGGUUAGACGAAACAUUUUCAUCUCGCCCAAUAUGGCAACAUUACGUUUCGAUUGUUAUACCGUCAAAUCUUAUUCGAACUAACACGGCAUUAUUAUGGGUUGAUAAUGGUAACAGUGGAGCAGCGUCAGGAAAAUCUAUUCCCACGGAGACAUCGAUUGCAGAAUCUGUUUCCGUUGCUAAAACAAUUGGAAGUAUUGUUGUCGACUUACAACAAAUACCAAAUCAACCAAUUAAAUUUAAUAAUGAUCCAUCAAAAAAAUCUCGUGUCGAAGAUCAACAAAUAGCAUGGACGUGGAAAACAUUUCUAGAUAACAAAAAUAAGAUAAUAAAUAAUCCAUUUGUAUUAUUACAAAUGCCAAUGACAAAGGCAUGUGUUAAAGCAAUGGAUGCUGCGCAAGAAUUCAUUGCAGAUAUUUCUGUAAGCGUACCGCAAAAAUUUGUUGUUACCGGUGUAUCAAAGUCGCUUAACGGUUGGACAUUUGCGUUUAAAGAUUAUUAUCAAGAAAAUAUAACACGAUAUACCCAUAGUUCACAAUUAGAAGACAUGGCACAGAUAAUUGAUCCAUACAGUUACAUUGAUCGAUAUAGAAACACAAAAUUAUUACAAAUACAAGGAACUAGUGAUGAAUUCUUUCUUCCCGAUAAUGAAAAUUUGUUUUGGAAUAAUUUGACACUAGCAACUGGAGGUACAAAUUUAUUAAACUAUGUACCAAAUCAAGGCCACGGUGCAGGGUCUAGUACGACAAUGAUCACGUUUUUUCAAAUGAUUGCUGAUAACCAAGAACUUCCAAAAUUUCAUUGGCAAAAAUCAUUAAAUGCAACACACGGAACAAUUGUAGCAACGGUAGAGUGUCCAAAAGGGCUAAAACCAUCAAGUGCAACGGGUUAUCAAGCAACAACAGCAAACACUAACCGACGUGAUUUUCGUUCAUCGAAAAAUUGGGUGAAACAAACAAUUAAUCAACAGAUAGUUGACAGUACGACAAUUGUUUACACAAUGACAAUUGCAAACCCUGCAAUCGGCUGGAAAGGAUUUUUUAUUCAAAUUAAUUUUUCUGAUUCUGCUCAAUUAACGACAGAAGUACUGAUUGUACCUAACAGUUAUCCAGCAGGUGAUUGUAUGAGUCAGUGUUACGGUACAUUGGUAUAG